GCACGGCUGACCAAUCCAUCUGAUUUAUCAGCCAUCAGCCAAUCUAAUCUGAUCUGAUCAACUAUAUAACGCUAACAACACCUUGACCAACCUGAGUGAAUCAACCCUUCACCCUCAUCCUCACCUCCUAAUCGUCAGCACCAAGCCCCCUCCAAAAAAUGGUCCAAUACCUCCUCACCGGCGUAACCGGCGGCCUGGGCGCCCACGUGCUCGAGUACUUCCUCGCGCACGUCGACCCCUCGACCUACGCCGUCGCCUCCUCCAACCCGGCCAAAGCGGAUGAAUUCACAGCCAAGGGCCUCGCCUUCCGGGUCGUCAACUACAACGACCCGAGCACGCUGGCCGCCGCUUUCGAGGGGGUCGAGAAUCUGUUCUUCGUCAGCUCCAACACCUUCGACAACGAGCGGCGCCGGAGACAGCAUCAGGAUGUGGUGGACGCCGCGCAGCGGGCGGGCGUGAAGCAUGUAUGGUACACCUCCCUCGCCUUCGGAGGCCACACCUCGACCUCGCAGGUCGCCGUCCAGCAAGCGCAUUACAUGACCGAGGAGAUGCUUCGCGUAUCCAAAAUUCCCUACACCUCCAUCCGCGAAGGUCUAUAUACUGAAGCCUUCCCCCUCUACUUCAACUGGUACCCCACCACGCAAACCAUCAUCCUGCCGCAGCCCACCACACCAUCCGAAAGCCCCGCAAACACCCAAAGAAUUACCUUCACCUCGCGCCAGGAACUCGGCCACGCCACCGCGCGCCUUCUCCUGCAGGGCGGGGCCCGCUAUCGCGACCAGAUCGUCGUGCUCAGCGCCCGGGAGACAUUGUCGUUCCGGGAGAUUGUGGACCUUAUCAAUGAAUACCAUCAUGACAGUAAAAAGGGGGAGGAGGGGGUAAGGUUAGAGUUCGUGUCAAAGGAAGAGUAUGUGGCCCGGAAUGCGGCGGCGGAUGAGGGCGGCAAGGCGGCGGGGUUCUUUGAGGCGAUGGUCUCGUGGCAUGAGGGGAUCGCUAAGGGGGAGGCAGUGGUCGAUGGGGAUGGGUUGAUGGCCGAGGUGUUGGGCAGGGAGCCGACGCCGACCUCUGUGAGGAUUAAGGAGUUGUUGGUCGCGGCGAGGGCGGAGGGGGGGUAUACGUGGCAUCAGAAUUAUGCUUAGCCUUCUUCCACUCUUCUUAGGGUUGAGGAUUUGGGGGGGUUGGGGAUAGUUUGGGUGUAUUCGAGAGUGAGGGCAUCAGACAUAAUCGUCUAUUUGCAGGUGUCUGUAGUAAGGAAGUGAUGUACUGUACAUACUUAAUUUUGGAUUAUAAGUUUAGUAAAGAG